AUGGAUGAGGAAGUCGAUGAAGGAAGAAGACGGGAGAAGGAGAAGGAGAAGGAGAAGGAGAAGGAGAAGGAGAAGGAGAAGGGAAGGAGAAGGAGAAGGAGAAGGAGAAGGAGAAGGAGAAGGGAGAAGGAGAAGGAGGAGAAGGAGAAGGAGAAGGAGAAGGAGAAGGAGAAGGAGAAGGAGAAAGAAGAAGAAGAAGAAGAAGAAGAAGAAGAAGAAGUCUUCGAGGGAUGGGGCGGUUGA